AUGGCAGGUCUGAAGCAAAAUGACAAAGCUUUACAAGAAAGGCUUCAAAUGAUAAUCUCCGAGUUAUUGAAAGACGAAGAAAAUAAAUAUUGUGCUGACUGUGAUGCUAAAGGACCUCGAUGGGCUUCUUGGAACUUAGGAGUUCUUUUGUGUAUCCGAUGCGCAGGAAUUCAUAGAGGCUUAGGUGUUCAUAUUUCAAAGGUUAAAUCUCUUAAUCUUGAUUCUUGGGAGGCUCCACAAGUAGCGAUGUUAAAAGCGGUUGGUAAUCGUCGAGCUCGUCAACUGUAUGAAGCAAAUCUUCCAGAAUUUUUCCGUCGUCCUCAAACAGACUCUGCCCUCGAACAGUUCAUUCGAGCCAAGUACGAACAGAAACGCUAUGUUGCAUCGGAUUUUGUGCCCCCUAAACCUGAUACCGAGUCGUUGAAAAAGGUUGUAAACGUGAAAGCGAUCACCUCUUGCCUCGAUCUCUUACGGUUGGAACAGAUUUGCAAACGGAAGGCCCAUCCUUCUCGCGCUAUUAAUCUACAAAUUCAAAAUGCAGAAGCAUCAAAACCUCAGGUUCGAACACUUAAGUCCAUCGCAAAGGGCGCUAGUUCGAGCUCUGGGAGUGGAACUGCGGAUAUCUUGGGCCUAUCUUCUCCGUCUUCUUUAAGACGUUCGGGAGGUGAUGCUAAUUCUCCCUCUAGAAUUAUUGAAACGGCACAAAAUCCAGAAACUCCUAAGAAGGAGCCUCGUCUUGCCUUCUAUUGGUUUGAUUGCAUCUACAUGCCACCACCACCCACACCUCUAUCUGAACUUGAAUUCCCUUGUGUUUUGUUUUGUCUUUCUCUAUGA